AUGAUGGCGGAAGGAUUUCAAAGUUGGAGUCAUUCAAGGGAGAUGCAUAAAUACAACACUCUACCUCCCAUUCAACCGAUGGUGGCCUGGAUAACAGAGUUUGAUUUGCAGGGGGAUUAUAACUUCUACAAUUACUCCGGCAAACCAGGUUACAUCCACUCCAACAGCUAUACUUACUUGAGACACGAGGAUCAGCUCUUAUUUCUGGGCUCCGUAUCCGAAGACAGCGGUUACACCUAUUUCAAGGCAGAUUUUCACCACAAUCUCUUCAGCAUCUACAAAGAUAUUGAUGGCAAGAAGUUGUCGAGAGAUGACACCCUCGUGAUCAAGAUAUGGAUCACCGCACAGCCGACCAGUCAUAUUCGUUCCGUCUGGGAAACCUAUGCUUCUUAUUAUCCUUCGCAAACCCCGCGCCGAGAACUCGCUGGCUAUUCUUCCUGGUACGACAAUUACGAACGCAUCACAGAGGAAGAAGUGACGAGGACUUUGACCGCAUUCAAAGAACAUCAAUAUCCUAUCGAUGUGUUUCAAAUCGAUGACGGUUACCAAAUGCAGAUUGGUGAUUGGUUGCAUGUCAACGAGAAAAAAUUUCCUCGAGGCAUGCAACAGCUUGCUCAAACCAUUGCCGACGCCGGUUAUCUUCCUGGACUCUGGCUGGCGCCAUUUGCUGUCGGCAUAAACAGCAAAAUCGUUUCGGAGCAUUCUCAUUGGUUGAUCACCGAGCCAGACGGUCGAUUCAUGAAAGCAGGUCCCAAUUGGGGCGGAUUUUACGCUUUGGAUAUUUACCAUCCGGAAGUCGAAACAUAUUUGCAGGACGUAUUGGACGUUGUCAUUGACACUUGGGGAUAUCGGUUGCUGAAACUUGAUUUCCUUUUCGCCGCCGCCAUGCGGCCGAGGAACGGCAAGAGUCGCGGUGAAAUCAUGUGGGAUGCCAUGGCGUUGAUUGAUAAGUUGGUCCGGAAACGAGCCUUGCUCUUGGGUAGUGGCGUACCUUUGGCGUAUGCGUGGGGUCGCAUGGAUUAUUGUCGUGUCAGCAGCGACGUGUCACCGUGGUGGGAUCACACCAUUCUACGGUUCGCUCAUGUUCGUGAACGGGUCGCCACCGCCAAUGCGCUUCCUUCCACCCUUUCUCGCUGGCCCAUGGUUGCCAUGUUUGGCAACGAUCCCGAUGUCUUUUUCAUUCGUUCGACCAACAACAAGCUGACAGCCCAUGAACGGUACACGACGGUGGCACUGAACCACGCCUUUGGCCAGAUCACCCUCAUGUCCGAUAACGUCCAGCUUUACACCGCUGAAGAGCAUCAGUUGUAUGCGUCGACGUUUCCCAAA